AUGCCUCGUGAGGUGGAAAUUUCCAUCAUUGAGCGUGAGUUCAUACAGAACGCCUUACAAGAGGGGAUCCGACGCGAUGGCCGCGAAUUCGACGCCUUCCGCCCUUUAGAGCUAAACUUUGGAGACGAAUAUGGAGUAGCAGAUGUACAACUGGGAAAGACUAGAGUAAUCGUUCGGAUCUCGGUAGAUGUGGUGGCACCUCCCCCGGAGCGCAAGUUUGAUGGCGUUUUUCAAAUUGUCACCGAAUUCUCUCCCAUGGCAUCACCCGCUUUCGAAGUAGGAAGACCUACCGAUGCUGAGGUUAUCCUUUCACGCGUCCUCGAGAAGGCUAUCCGUCGGUCGAACGCGCUGGAUACAGAAUCGCUGUGCAUUAUCGCAGGGCUGAAAUGCUUUGCUUUGCGCGCAGAUGUACACAUUGUUGAUCACGAUGGUGGUCUCAUCGAUGCUUCCUGCAUUGCGGUCAUGGCGGCACUACAACAUUUUCGGAGACCGGAUGUAAUCGUGGAAGGCGAGAAAGCCACCGUCUUGAGCACUCGAGAACGCGACCCAAUACCCCUUUCGAUAUUACAUCAACCGCUCAGCGUCACAUUUUCAUAUUACGAAGAAGGCAACCUCUUUCUAGUAGAUGCAGACCUGGCCGAAGAACAAGUGCGACAAGGGGAGAUCAUAAUCACAAUGAAUCGGCAUGGAGAGAUUUGUCAAGUCAACAAAUAUGGCGGAGCUCCGGUUGAGCCGCUUGACCUGCUAAAUCUAAACAAUGUUGCUCUACAAAAAGUCAAAGACAUAAGCAAGUUCAUCCAGCAAAAGCUUGACGAGGACGCUAAAAAGCGAGAUGCCGGGGGCUUGAUGGCAGAGCUUAGUGCGGAAAAUGCGAGAUGA